AUGUUUAACACACUCGAACCGACGCAAGAAAACACGGUUUCCACUUCACACAAUUCUCCUUUUUCGGUUCACUCCACUUCUCUUUCCUCUAUUCCACCUUAUCACAUGGGAUCCCCCAUUUUUGUGGGUGAGGUCGCCACCGGACUGUACUCACAACAAUCAGCCGUUUCAAAUCGAUCAGGCUUUGUGUUUCACGAUCUUGGAGGCGUGGCUCGAAACGCCUAUGAAGUCUUUCUGCGUCUGUCUCCAAAGAAUCGGCCGCUCUUGGUGGGAGCGAUAGGGAAUGACGAAGGAGGCAAGCGAAUUCGCGAUUUCCACGGGAAAAUGGGCGAUUCGUUGGAAGGAGUCAAAGUGGUGAAUGGCUCCUCUCUGGAAAUCUGGGGAUUUUACGACAAGUCGGGGUAUCCAGAGAGCGAAUAUCGAUCGUAUUCGGAUGCAAAGAUUUCAGUGAGCCAUCUAAACGAACUGAGUGAAUCUUUUGAGAAAGCGUCGAGCGUGUUCGUCGAUACCUCUCUCAGCAUAGAGGCUCAACGGAGGGUUGCGACGCUUUUGAAAGACAAGCCAAGCCGAUUGCUGGUGAGUCCAUGCGAACCUUCGCAGUUGAAAUCUCUGUUAGAAUCAUCUCUGCUUCAACGCACCGAUUAUUUGUGCAUUUCGGUGGAGGAAUUGUGGGACAUGGCGUGCUUAGUGAAGCCAGAACUACGAAGCCAAUCCGACGAUUGGAAGCAGCGAAAUUGGAAAACAGAGGAGUUUUCGGAAGCGAUUCCUCGCUUGAAGGAGCCGCUGAAUGCGGUUCUGAGCGAAAUGCAGAGUCACCAAGAUGAUAAUUAUAUAGUGUUGAAUUAUGGAUCGAAAGGAGUGGCGAUGGUGGUGAAAGAAGCGAAUGCUUCCGACAUGGAUGUGAUUUAUUUCGCGACGAAACAUUACCAGACCUCUUUUGAAUCCAAUAUUGCUGCAAGUAGGAUUGAAAGGGAGGCGUGA